AGAGCCCGGCCCGGCGUCCGUCCUCCUGUCGAGCCUACGGACGCCUGACACUGCUCUGAUCUGUCUGUUUGCACCGAAGGACUCCGGACGAUCGACGGCUGACGCACAACCAGCAGCCAUGGGAGAGAAAGAUGAGCUGAGAGGUUCGAAGAAACAAUGCGUCACCAUCUUGGGAUACCCCAUAAGCAUCUUCUUCAUCGUGGUCAAUGAGUUCUGCGAGCGCUUCUCCUACUAUGGCAUGAGAGCCGUGCUGGUGCUGUACUUCAAGUACUUCCUCCAGUGGGACGACGACUUUGCCACCACCAUCUACCACACCUUCGUGGCCCUCUGCUACCUGACGCCCAUCCUGGGAGCCAUCGUGGCCGACUCGUGGCUCGGCAAGUUCAAGACGAUCGUGUACCUGUCCAUCGUCUACGCGCUGGGACAAAUCGUCAUGGCUGUGAGCGCAAUCCACGAUAUCACCGACACCAACAGGGACGGGACCCCCGACAACAUGGGCGUCCACGUAGCCCUGUCCAUGAUCGGUUUGCUGCUCAUCGCUCUGGGAACCGGAGGCAUCAAACCCUGCGUGGCUGCGUUUGGUGGAGACCAGUUCCAGGAUGAUCAGGAAAAGCAGAGGAGCACCUUCUUCUCCAUCUUCUACCUGUCCAUCAACGCUGGCAGCCUGCUGUCCACCAUCAUCACUCCGAUCCUCCGAGCUCAGGAGUGUGGCAUUCACACGCAGCAGAAGUGCUACCCUCUGGCCUUCGGGGUCCCGGCCGCCCUCAUGGUGGUCGCCCUGGUCGUGUUCAUCGUGGGCAGCGGCAUGUACAACAAAACCCCCCCCCAGGGCAACAUCAUGGUGAAGUUCUGGCGCUGCAUCGCGUUCGCGCUGGAGAACCGGUACCGGCACCGGUCGUCCCGCUACCCUAAGAGGGAGCACUGGAUGGACUGGGCCGAGGAGAAGUACGAUAAACUGCUGAUCGCUCAGGUGAAGAUGGUGCUGAAGGUGCUGUUCCUCUACAUCCCGCUGCCCAUGUUCUGGGCUCUCUUUGACCAGCAGGGCUCUCGCUGGACGCUGCAGGCCACCACCAUGAACGGAGACUUUGGUUUGAUCAUAAUCCAGCCUGAUCAGAUGCAGACUGUGAACCCGAUCCUGAUCCUCAUUUUGGUGCCCAUCAUGGACAGCGUGGUCUUCCCGCUCAUCGCCAAGUGCAACUUGAACUUCAGCCCCUUGAAGAAGAUCACCGUGGGCAUGUUCCUCGCCGCCACCGCUUUUGUGGCCGCUGCGCUGGUCCAGAUGCAGAUCGAUAAAACGCUGCCCACGUUCCCGUCACAGGCCGAGGCCCAGGUCAAGUUCCUCAACAUGGCCAACCACACGCUGAAGAUCAGGGCUGGAGACAACAACUUCACGCUGGACUCCUGGACGGCCAACGACAACUACUUCACCUUCGAGGCUCCGUUCGAGCUGACUGUUGAGGAUCGCGCCCCCGAGAGAGUGACUUUAACCGAAGGCAACAGAACCACCAUAGUCAUCCUGGACCACGCCGAGCUCGGCACUCGACCUUUCGCAGAUAUCAAGAAGAAACCAAACGAGGGCGCUAACGAUAUCAGAUUUUUCAACGGGUAUAACUCAACCUUGAACAUAACAGUGGGCAAAGUAACCUAUGAGGACAUUAUCCCCAACGACAUGUCAAAGUAUGGUUCCGUACCAUACGGGAAUGCUCAGUUCAAGAUCAGCAACGAUGAACAUGAGUGCUUCUACACCCAAACGCUGGGCUUCGGCAGCUCCUUCACCCUGGUCAUCUCGCCGAACUUCACCUUUCACGAUUGUCAACAGAGCAUCAUUGCGGGAAUGGACAUGGAGCCGAACAGCUUCCACAUGGCCUGGCAGAUCCCCCAGUAUUUCCUGAUGACGUCAGGAGAGGUGGUCUUCUCCGUCACGGGCCUGGAGUUCUCCUACUCGCAGGCGCCCAGCAACAUGAAGGCCGUGCUGCAGGCUGGCUGGCUGCUAACCGUCGCCGUGGGAAACAUCAUCGUGCUGAUUGUGGCCGAGGCUGCAACUCUGCCGGAUCAGUGGGCCGAGUACAUCCUCUUCGCUGCUCUGCUGGUGCUAGUGUGCAUCAUCUUUGCCAUCAUGGCUUACUUUUACACCUACACCGACCCAGCCAAAAUAGAGGCCCAGUUCAGGCAGGCCGAGCCCGAAGACAAGAAGAAGAAGCAGUGGGAGAUGUCCAGGAAGGAGUCAUUGGAGCAAAGCAAAGAGAGGCGAGACUCCAGCUCUGACGACGACGACGACGAAGGCAAACAGACCAAGAUCUAAAUCUGUGGAUCUGCUCCUCACGGUUCCCCCGGUCUUGAAAGAAAGCUGCUUAGUUCUGCGUUUUAUGUCUGAGACUGCACCGCUGACCGUGGAUGAAUGGAUGACCUCAGUGAAAAGGUGCAGAGGUUGAGCGAACACAGCGAUGGAGGCUUAGACGGUUAAGCUUUAGUGGACAGUAUUAGUGAAGGAUGGUGACAAGGGUAAUUCAAACACUGUUAAUGCCAUGCUGGCUGAGUCAAUCUUCUGUUUUAGGAGUGUGUUGGUUAUUAAUUUGUGUUUUUGCUUUUGUAAAAAUCUUUUCACGAUGAUUUAUAUUUGCAUAGUAAUUCUUUGUUUCGUGGUACUUUGUAACACACCGGGAGACGGAUACAAUGAAACCGGUCGAAAAUCUGUAUUUAUUUCCGAGCAAAUUGUUGUUUGUAUUGUAAUAUUAUAAUGUCACCAUUUUAUAUAUGCAAAAGUUCCCAUCGCCUCCAAAUUCAACUGAGCAUUGAGUCAGGAAAAUGUAACAUUCACGCUCAGAUGCCACGUUGGUGAAUGAACGCUGUCCUGCGUUGCAGAUGAGUGAAGGUGUGGAGCAAGAAUAGAGACGUGCACAUAGGAAAUUAGUCAUAAACAUCUGUAAACAAACAUGCAAUGUGUAUAUGUACUGUAGUUUAGAACAGUAUGCUACUAUGUCUAAGAAGAGAAAUCCAUAAGCACAAAUAAACGUUUAUAUUCAAAAUAGUAUUUUCAUAUUAUUUACACAUAUUUAUAUAUAUAUUUCUAUUCUAUUUGGCCUGUUGGGUUUAUGACUUCCUGUGGACUGUAACAACAGCUGGUGGUUCUGUUGCUCAAUGGGCGUCUGGACAAACGGGGUUAUCAGCAGCAUCGGCUCAGCAACUUUUGUAUCUUGGUUUUGCAUGCAGUUGUUGAGUAAGGGACUGUUCAAGGCUGAAGAUCAUUAAUAUUAAUGGCAUUGAUAAGACACAUGUUGGUGAAGGAUUGGCUGUUUAUAGACCUUAAGGUCACCCUCUGGUUCAAUUUUGAUAUUUAUGAUGUAUCUUUAUUACAGUUACUCAUUAUUCUUUUACUUAUCUUAAAAAUCAAUAAUUCACAAGACUUUAAAGCACAUUUCAUCACAAAAGUUGAAAUGUUAUCCCCCAUAGGGUGGAAUGAGACACUGUAAAUGUACAUGGAUAACGUCCACACGUCACAGGAGCGUUAGCUGAUGGUUGUAGAUUCUCUUUGAGCUAUAACUUCAUGAGCUUCAGAGGAGCAGAGUGUACGCUCAAAAGGUAAAUGAGGCUCACGGGACAGAAGACGCUCAGUUAGCAUUAGAUCUUUAUUUCUCAUGUCACUUUGAAAGCUUACAUUUAACUUGGGAAUCCUCAAAUGACACAAGCAAAGAUUAUAUACAGUACUAUAAACUGUCAGCUAUAAUAAAGGAAACCAAAUGUACACAUUUUGUAGUUUUCUUCUGUAGCAUAUGUUUUUCUUUAAGGUAUAGAUAUUUUUGCCCAUGUCCAUAAAGCAUUCCAUAUUUCCAUACUUUGCAAUUAUAAAAAUAUCAGAUAUUUCUUAAUUUCUUUCAAUCCCUGUGUUGACAAGUGCGUUUUGAUGCAACUCCCCAACAUUAUUGCUGCAUUAGCACAGUAGUAAAUUCUGGAACUCUUAAGUAAACAUAUACAAUAAAACAUGGCUAUUAGCAACUUUUUUCAUUGAGUUUUUUUUUCCUCUUUCAGGUUUCUUUAAAUACUUGACACACUUUCAAAGUGCAAAAAAAAACUGAUCUGUAAAUUAGAAAAAAAAAAAAGG